GACUUACCCCACCACGUGAUGACAUGGUUUCACCCAGCCCAUCCAACGGCAAGCCCAAAUGCCACUGCUGUUCUUUGCUUUGGCAUCAGCUUCCAGUGAACAGACUUCCCACGAUCCGUGCACAAGUAUAGCCCUUCAUCCUGGAUCAAAUGGCUGGCUCUCAGCUCGCUGCUGUACAUAUCCCCAGGAAUUACUUCUGCAGUUGGAGAGACCUGCUGAGGUCCACGAAGUGGAGAUUUCAGCCCGUGGGGAUUUGGUGCCCAAAUCUGUUGAGGUUCACCUGAGCAGAUCUGAUUUGGAUAGCGGUGCCCAUGGUACCGGAGAGAGCUUUCAGCACGUCUGCACGUUGGAAAUGCCGUCGACUGGAACAGGAUCUUCAGGCUCAACCACAGCGCGUGGAAGCAAAGGAACCAAACGGGCCAAAGGAAAGAUGUUCGCAUUGUGUUCAGGGCAUGUGAAACUCAUUGUUCACGAACCUUUGGUGGCUGGACCCAGCAAUCCCUACAAGCAAGUGUCACUCGCCAGUGUUGACAUCUGGGGCCAUGAGGAUGCUCUACCUAGAAAGCCCCGGCUUACAUUAGAUUUGGGGGAGCAGCAUGAUGAAAUUUCAGCUGUAUUGAUGGAGCUGGGAGUUCCCUUGAGUUUGAUUCCAGUGGAUGAAGAUUCAUCGCGGCUGGCAACUUCGGAUCUGGGUACAAAGGCCUUGGUGAAAGAACUGCGUGACAAGGAGGAAGAUCUUCUGAGAAGGCAGAAAUUUGGCGAGGCUCAACAGCUGGAAGAAAAUGUCCAGCAGCUGUAUGGCAUUGGUCGAGAGCUUAACGAAUUGCUCCGCAGCAAAGAGGACGCUCUAAGGGAGCGACCACGAAAUUUGAUUGAGAUAGAGCGCCUGUCUCAACGAAUCUCAGAACUGGAGGAGAAACGUCUCCAUGUGGCUGCGCUGUAUGAUACGGAUUGGUGGCUUACGGCCAUGUCUUUGGCGGUUGAACAUGUUGAACCAAUUGAAACAGAGAGCUCUCCGAAACCGCAGCUGGACAGAAGCUCAGUGGCAGGGUCAACCCAUUCGACACAUCACAGCCAUCACAGCCACCCCAGCCACAGCUCAGGGCACUCGGAGAACGCUUCAGCUCAUUCAACGCAAAGACCAACUGCGGCCUCAGUAAGUCCGGCCAGCCCCAAAUCUGCCAGAAACUCGAUGCCUAGGAAUUUUGGUCGCGACCAAACACAAAUCGCGGAAGCUCUGUCAACUGCGCGGUCACAGCCAUAAAAAA